GAUCUCAAACUGUUCGUUGAGGUAUACACAAUAGGAACUCAGUCUAGUGUGAGAGUAACAGACAGGAAAAGGCUUCAGUUUCAGAGAAAAAAGUGCUGAGACGCUGAGACAGACACUCUUCUGCUUGCUGAUAGUGUUUUCUGCUGCUUUUCUGAACUGUCAAGAGGACAGGAAUAGCCAGCCCAUGGAAAUGCCAGAAAUGGAUGUUGACCUUUCUCUCUUCGUUGAAUUCCUCAACUUCACUUAUCCUCCCAUAGACGAGCUCAUGGGGGUCCCUUGUAACGUCUCUAUCUUGGGCUUGAGCAGUGUUGGUCUAAUGAUCACCUACAUCGCUGUGUUCAUCUUCAGUGUGCUGGGUAACAGUGUAGUCAUCUACGUGGUGUGCUGCAUGGCUAGGGGCCGGACCACCACAGACGUCUAUCUGAUGCACCUGGCAAUGGCUGACCUCCUCUUCUCCUCGACCCUCCCCUUCUGGGCCGUCUAUGUCUACUCCCACUGGAUUUUCGGUACCUUCCUCUGCAAGUUCCUGUCUGGCCUCCAGGAUGCUGCCUUUUAUUGUGGGGUUUUCCUGUUAGCGUGCAUUAGUGUGGACCGCUACCUGGCUAUCGUGAAGGCCACGCGGGCACUGGCCCAGCGGCGCCACCUGGUGGGGUUGGUGUGCGGAGCCGUGUGGCUGGGGGCGGGGCUACUCUCGUUGCCCGUGGCACUCCAACGGGAGGCUAUCCAACCCGAGGACCUUGAAGGCCAGAUCAUCUGCUUUGAGAACCUGACUGCGGCGAGCAGCGAUCGGUGGCGGGUGGGUGUGCGGGUGAUUCGCCACGUGCUGGGCUUCUUCCUGCCACUGUCGGUCAUGGUCGUCUGCUACAGCUGCACUGCAGCGACGCUGUUCCGUGGCGUGCGCAUCGGCGGCCAGAAGCACAAGGCCAUGCGUGUCAUCCUGGCCGUGGUGCUGGCGUUCGUGGCAUGCUGGCUCCCGCGCAAUAUCAGCGUGCUGGUAGACACGCUGAUGCGGAGCGGCUCGCUGGGCGAGGAGACGUGUGAGUUCCAGAACAGGGUGAGCGUGGCGCUGUAUGUGACUGAGGUGAUGGCGUUCACGCACUGCGCCGUCAACCCCGUGCUGUAUGCCUUCAUCGGGCAGAAGUUCCGGAACCAGCUCUUGGUGGUGCUCCACAAGCAUGGGCUGAUCAGCAAGAGGUUGAUGGUGGCGUACCGCAGUGGCUCAGUUAACAGCACGGCCAGUCAAAGGUCUAGGAACACCUCUGUUACCCUGUAAGGUUUCAGUAAUCAGGGAGUGGUGUGGAAGGGGUGAGUUUCACUGGUUCCUCACACUGUAUGGUCAGGGGUGUGGGCAUGGCGAGAAACUUGUUCUUCAUGUUCUAGGGGUGUGUGUGUGUGUGUGUGUGUGUGUGGUCUGGGGUAGAGGUUGGGGGCAUGGAUGAUUCUAUUGUAUAGGUCCAAUCCAAUGCUUUUCAUGUGAUGCUUCAAUGCUUGCUAAGUAUAAACAGCAUACAUGUCAAGGCCUAAUGUGUAUUAAAUCUUCAUAUUGCAACUUU